AUGCCAUCUUCUUCUUCUUCUUCUUCUUCUUCUCCUCCAAAUAAUUACAAUAUUAAAAUAUUGGCAAGUAUUUUGUUUGCCAUAUUAUUAAUCUUGUGUGCGGGUGCAGGAUAUGGUGAGGCCCAGCUGAGCCCUACGUUUUAUGAAGAAGACUGCCCAAAUGCCACAAGCAUUGUGCGUGCUGUCAUUGGAGAGGCUUUGCAGACAGAUCUCCGUAUUGCUGCCAGCCUCACCAGGCUUUUCUUCCAUGACUGCUUCGUCAACGGUUGUGAUGGAUCAGUCUUGUUGGACAACAGUAGUACCAUAGACAGCGAGAAAGGAGCAUUUCCAAAUAACAACUCAGCCAGAGGAUUUGAUGUUGUGGACAACAUCAAGACUGCUUUGGAGACUGCUUGCCCCGGCAUUGUUUCCUGUGCUGAUAUUCUCGCCAUUUCUGCUGAAGCAUCUGUUUCUUUGUCUGGAGGCCCCUCAUGGACAGUUCUAUUAGGAAGAAGGGAUAGCACAACAGCGAAUCGCACGGCUGCCAACGAAGCCCUUCCAGCUCCCUCUUUCACCCUUGACGAACUCAAGGCCAGCUUCGCAGCUGUAGGCCUCGACACCACUGAUCUGGUUGCACUAUCCGGUGCUCACACAUUUGGGCGUGCUCAAUGUCAAUUUUUCUCCGACCGAUUGUAUGACUUCAACAGCACAGGCAGUCCUGAUCCGACCUUAAACUCAACCUACUUAGAAACACUGAGUGCGUUAUGCCCGGAGUCCGGGAAUGGGAGUGUGCUGGCCGAUCUCGACCCUUCAACUCCUGAUGGUUUCGAUGCCGACUAUUUCUCUAAUCUUCAAGUUCAUUAUGGCCUUCUCCAAAGCGAUCAAGAGCUAUUUUCGACCAGCGGGGCUGAUACCGUUGACAUUGUUAACAGCUUCAGCGCUAAUCAAAGCGCCUUCUUUGAGAGCUUUGUGAUAUCUAUGAAUAAAAUGGGGAAUAUAAGCCUCCUGACCGGAACUGAUGGAGAGAUUCGAUUGAACUGCAGUAAGGUUAAUGAAGAUUCAUAUGGAUCAUCUGCUACUUCGAUAGCUGAGUAUUAA